AUGGAGUUGGAUUCAAGUGAUUUUAUGAAGAACAUGAAAAUGAACGAAUUAUAGGAUUUUGUAUGUAUAAGAAUUGCUCAAAACCAUUUUAAUUCUGCUUAUGAUGUUUUCAAAAAGUUCAUUAAUAUCUUCGUGAUGGCUGCAUACGAUGUUAAUAAUUGUAAAAUUUGA